AAAAAAAGAGUAAAGAGAAUUAAGAAACACAAUAAAUUAGACAAAGGAAACUUCAUUUCUUCUUCUUUUUAUCUCAUUCAGCUCCUCUCCUCUCUUCUCUCUCUAGAUCAAUUCUUUCAUGUAUGAUGUGAUUUUCCACCAUAUCUGCGACCUCUUACCUAAAAAAAAAAGAAACCAUUUAAAGAUGGAUUUCUCAUCUCUUCCAGUGAAUCAGUUUGAUUCACACAACUGGCAGCAGCAAGGGAGCCAACAUCAGCUAGAGUGUGUUACAGCUGACCAGAACCCUAGUAAUUAUUUAAGGCAGCUCUCAUCACCACCGGCUUCUCAGGCUGGCUCGAGCCAAACUAGAGUGAAUUCAAUGGUGGAACGUGCUCGGAUAGCGAAAGUCCCAUUGCCUGAAGCAGCUCUAAAUUGCCCUAGAUGUGACUCAACCAAUACAAAGUUUUGUUACUUCAAUAACUAUAGCCUUACUCAGCCUCGCCAUUUCUGCAAAACAUGUCGCCGCUAUUGGACACGUGGUGGUGCCCUGAGGAAUGUUCCUGUUGGAGGAGGCUUUAGGAGGAACAAGAGAAGCAAAACCAACGGAGGGAGAUCGAAAUCUACGGUCUUGGUCUCGGCUGAUAACAAUACGGCCACUACUUCAUCACUUACUUCUCACCCAAGUUACUCAAACCCUAGCAAGUUUCUUAGCUACGGCCAAAGCCCGGGGUUUACUUCGAACUUACCCAUCUUGCCACCUCUCCAAAGCCUUGGAGACUACAAUUCAAACAACAAUGGGUUAGAUUUUGGCGGAAUUCAAAUAAGCAACGUGAUAAGUGGGAUGAGUUCUAGUGGUCGGAUCUUGGAUCCAUGGAGGAUACCUUCAUCGCAACAAACUCAACAAACCCCUUUCUUAAUCAACACUAACGGGUUGAUACAGUCUUCAAAUGCUAUAUAUCCAUUACUAGAAGGUAAUGAAGGUCUUAAUCAAGCCGAUCCACAACAAAAGAGUAGUGACUAUUCCAAUCAGCUAAUGUCUAAACCCUUGAUGGAGUUGGCUUCACGCGGAGAUGAAGCCGAGCAAACGAGAAAUGUGAAGGCCGAAGAGAAUGAUCAGGAUCAGGGUAGAGAUGCGAACGGACUAAAUAACUUAUCGAGAAACUUUUUGGGGAAUAUUAACAUAAACUCAUCCGGGAACAAUGAAUACACAUCAUGGGGCAGUAAUAGUUCUUGGACCGGUUUUACCUCCAACAACUCGACAGGCCAUCUCUCAUUCUAAGUCUUCGGGCACUAGCUAUUCUUGAUAAUUCUUUUGUUGGUUGGGUUAUAUAUUGAUCGCUUGCCAUGGGUGUUAUUACUGAGGAGAGAUCAAACCAUGCAGCUGUAUCCAAAGGCUAAUUUUGGGGCUUAGAGGAAAGGUAUGGUUAAUUAUGAAACUAUCUUUUUCAUCGUUUAAAAUAUUCAAAGUGUGAGUAUGUUAAUUGGUUCUGGUGAAUAUAUGUGUUUAUCGGAAUUUGGUGUUAUUGGCUAUAUAUAGCUAGAGGUGUGGGUGAUGUAUGAAUUCAAGAGUUGAUUAUGGAAACUUUUUUUGUGUGUUCAUUGAAUAAUCAGUCAAAUUCUCAA